AUGGCAGCUGUUCAAACUGGAGAUGGCCAUGAGCCUCGCUUCUCUCUUCCCCCUAGCACACCCCUCUCAAGCAAAACAGAAUUGGUGAUCGGUGGGCUUAAAAUCUAUAUAUAUGGAUUAAAAGAGGUCAAUGCGAGUCAGUCAAGUGAACAGACGGGGGAGGUUGCUGUUCUGUACAUGGCACACAACCGUACCCGAACCUACCGCGUCAUGGAAGACAUGGCACAUGAAAUCCUUCAUCGGUAUCGGACAGACAAGCGCAAGAGCGGGCCAAUUGGGCUGAUUGCUGUAACCAUGAAUAUGCGAAACCAUGGAGAUCGCGAGGUUGACCCUCAAGCAAACAAGACCUGGAAGAAUGGCAACGAGAAUCAUGCGUAUGUCCCGAUCCUCAUGCUCAGGAAUAUUAACAUGAAUGCUAAAUUCGCUAGUAUGGAUCUGGUAUCCAUGAUCUCCGGAUCCGCACAGGAUUUCAAAUUGGUGUUGGAUUACCUUCCAACCUAUUUUCCUCAGUUCACUCGAUUUUACAACAUCAUGUUCGGGGUAUCUCUCGGCGGACACACAGCGUGGCGUAUCGCCUCAUUGACAUCACCAGGUCAAUUCCACGCGUACGCCAUGGUUGUCGGCUGUCCAAGCAUAUCAACUCUUCUUCUGAGCCGUCUGGGUAUCGACCCGACUAUUGGGAACAGUCCCGGAAAGCCAUUCGAUUAUGAGAAACUCCGUCAGGCAAUGAACUCAACACAACAAAAGCGAUGGCCACGUGCUUUAGCAGAGAUUGUGAAUCAAGAUGAUCAGCAAGUCACAGACGAAUUUCCCACUGAUGUGCCGCUGCUUUUGUGUAACGGGAAGUAUGACAAGCUGGUUCCAGCGAAGUAUACGGCGGCUUGGGUGGAAGAACGACAGAAGCGAUUAGGUGACAAGCAAGAUAUUACAUUUUUUGUACAGGACAAUACGGGGCAUAGUUGCACUAAGGAGAUGGUGGCAAUGACGGCUGAGUGGCUGCGAGACAUUCUCCCUUCUAGCUCUCCGCAGCCAGUCCUAUAA